AUUUCCUUCAUUUUUAUACCGCUAGUCCUGAAUUUGCAUGCAGCUCCCACCGAUGAGCAGCACAUCAGUUCCGACAACGCCUUCAGCUCCAGAGGACGCCAGCGCCAGCUCUCCAGAGGAACAACUGAGCGUCUUCUUCAAUGUCGCGGGGUUGUACCAGAAGAUUGUCGUCCAAGACGGCUGGUUUGUCGGCGACUUGAUCAAGUUCAUGGCGAAAAUUUCCGCCGAACUCCAUCCGCACGCGGACGUGCCCGAGUGCAACGCGAUUCGGAACAACCAAACGCGCAAGUUUGUCGCGCUGGCCGACCCCGCGACGCGGGCGCUCGUUCAUGGCAACUUGUAUGACCUCUUGUACGUGGAAAAAGCGGCGGCGUCGUCCUCGACCUCGGCCUUGCCGCUGGCGCUGCAUGACGAGAUCCAAGUCGUGUUUUACAGCAACCCACUUGGUAUCACGAUCAAACCGGUGGGGGACGGGACAUAUGUGGUCGCGACGAAGAAGAAGGAACUGAACUGCUACCGCCGGCUCACACCCGGCAUGCAAGUCGUGAGCAUCGGCCCCGCGUCGCUCACUGGCAUGGACUUUCGCGAGUUCCACACGACGAUGGUCAACUCCGAGUUUCCGCUCACAGCAGUGUUCCGCGCCACGACCGAGUCCAUUGAGAUCGGAAACAACAACAACGUCGUGUCUUCCGCGUCAUCAACUGCCACAGGAGACGACGGCCAGGCCAAGCAACCCCAUCCCGAGGCAACUUCGUCGUCCGCACCAGAAUCGCCGCAAGAGAAAGAUCCUUCUUCCAUCGACAAGGUGCCUGCUACCAAGGACACGACCCAACCACCUCCAUCCAAUGUGGAUACAUUCAACGUUCCUGUUCCAGUAGUCUUCCAUGAUGAUGGAUCGGUCGAAGGCCGAGUGCGGCGGUAUCGUCCGUCUGUCGUCGUCGACUCGCCUCGGAACGACGUUAGCUCCCCCUCGCAGCACCCUCUUCAUGCAUCUACCCCCGCCGACCACCAGCUGCCCUCGUUCGUGCCUUUGAUGGCGACGCUGCAAGACGAAGUGCGCCUGGAAGAAGGGUUAAAGUCGCUCAACGAAGCGUUUUACAAGAAAAAACGUGAACUCAACGACAUUGUCGACCGAAUUCGAGAGUACACACAGCAGCUGUCGGCCGUGCGCGCGGCCUUGAGCGCCGGCACCCCCCUCCCCCCCCAUCCGCCAUCAUCGUCGUCGAUUGCUUCCGGCGGUGGAUUGACCUUCGACAUGCUGCAGCAAGCCCAGGCAGCUGGGGGACCCCCCCCCCGUGGUGGCACGUCGCUGAACCUCGCGCCUCGCCAUCAACGCAAGCCUUCGUCGGUCGUGUCCGGCGUGAGUUCGUGCACGUCGUCCAUCUUGCAUCACGCGACAUCCCACCACCAUCGUCCGCCGCCGCCACAGUCGUCUCGCGUGUAUUUGCCGCCAAAAUCAAGACAAGGAGUGAGCAAAGGACACCACAUGUCGUCGUCGGCGUCGGUCUGUUCACUCACGUCGACGUGUUCCAUCGAUCGCAUGGCGUUCAAGAAGAACCGCCUCGGCAAGUACGGCGACACCCCCGCGGUCUCUUCCACGGGCACGUUGAGCGGUCGCACCAAGAAGCCAUCGACGCUCAGUACGACGGCCUUCUCGAGCACACUCCAACUCCCGAGCUCGUUUUCGACCAAGGGCGCCGUGAUCCCGCAAGCCCAGACCCCCCGCGGGUCAGCUUUUUUGAAUCCCAAGAGCACCACGCCCGGUGUUGGCCACUACGAUGUGAAAGACCUGAGCAAGAAUGUGCGCGGCGGCGAGAUUGGAGACUCGGACCGCGAUUUGACGUGGAGUUAGAAGGUAUAUAUAUAUAUGUAUAUAUAUAUAAUACAACCACAACCGUUGCAUCAAACCAUGGAGUGUGGCUGGUACGUGGAGCGCUAAUGCUGGAUGACUCUAUCGCAGUAUUUUGAUUGGCUUCAAUGCGUUUUUUUUAUUGUG